AUGGCCGACCUGACCGAGCCCGCCGCGAUACCUCCGCCCGCAACCAAUGGCGCUCUCCCUGCCGAAACCGCGGCUGGUCAGACGGUCGCUGCCAUUGCCCAGGCCAGCCAGAUUUCCGCAGACGAAAUCGCCCUCUACGACCGCCAGAUCCGCCUCUGGGGUGUCCAGGCCCAGCAAAAGAUUCGCACCGCAAACAUCCUCCUUGUCUCCAUCAAAGCCCUCGCAAACGAAAUCGCAAAGAACCUCGUCCUCGCCGGCAUUGGCUCCAUCACCCUCGCCGACCACGAAAAUGUCACAGAAGAAGACCUCGGCGCGUCCUUCUUCAUCAGCGACGCCGACGUAGGCAAGAACCGCGCCGAAGCGGCAAGGCCCCAGGUCGAGAAGCUCAACCCACGCGUCGUUGUUAAGACAAUAACGACCGACAUUCGCAUGGAGCAAGAUCCCGGUUUCUAUGCUGCCUACGACGUCAUUAUAGCCACCGACAUGGAUUUUCUCUCUACAUCGGCCCUCAACGCUGGCGCGCGCAUAGCAAAGAAGCCCUUUUACGUGGGCGCAUCCCAUGGCAUGUACGGCUACAUCUUCGCCGACCUUGUCGAGCACAACUUUGUCAUUGAGCGCGAAAAGAGCAAUCGCGACACUCAGAUCGGCCCGGAGACUACAACCAGACGCGUCAAGGACGUUCAGGUCAAGAGGGAAAAUGGAAAAGUCGUUGAGCUUGUCACCAAGCAGGAACUUUACAGCCCACUCAUGCUGGCCAAAGAUUCGCCCUUGCCCAGUGACAUUGCAAACAACCCCAGGAGGCUGAAGAGGGUGCAUCCACUCCUCACCUGUGUUCGUGCGCUCUGGGAGUACCAACGCAACGGCCAUGGCAUCUACCCGUCCCACACGCCUCAGGACCUCCAGCUCUUCACCACCAUUGCCAAUGUCAAGCACAAGGAGCUUCUGCUCCCUGCGGAAACCCUCAGGGCUGAUGUCCUCAGAAGCUUUUUACAGAAUCUGGGCAGCGAGCUGGCGCCUGUUACAGCCUUCUUGGGCGGCCAACUGGCACAAGAUGUCAUUAACGUGCUGGGCCAGCGCGAACAGCCAAUUCAGAACUUGAUGCUUUUUGACGGCGAAGACAGCGCGGGCCCAGUCUAUGCUCUUCACCCCAUCUUCCCAGGCACCCCCGUGCCCAUCAUUCCGAGCAUCCCUGUUGACGCACCAGUAACGGUGGUGUAG